AUGGCAGCAAUUCGAUCUAUCGCAGAUCCGGAGAUUAAUUACGCCUGCCUGCCAAAUGAGCUCAAUCUUUUGGAACCGGGUGCUGAAUGCCACGCUAUUGGAUUUGUCCCCGGUCACGUCAAGAAGUUACCGAGCUUAGUGAGAAGCGCGCGACGCUCAAGCACUACACAUCAUGUACGUCAGAUAAAUGACGAUGAAUGGAACCUGGACAAAUUGCACCAGCUCAAUCUGACUGUGUUGAGGCCCCAGGAAUGCAAGGAUGUUUACGAGGAUCUCCGCGAACAGAUGAUAAUUUGCGCAGUUUCAAAGGGAAAGGUAAGCAAAUGA